AUGAAUCUAAACAUUUUUAUACCACGAAAGUCCCGUGAUUUUAUACUUGUGAUGCUUCCUGACGAGUUUCCCGCUGAAUACAUCAUAGAAGCCAUCGACAGCAUGGCACCAACAGAUCUCAAAGGGAAGGGGUUCGGGUCCCCCAAGCCCAAAGUCAUCCUCUUUGACAUUGGCGGCGUCUGUGUCGUCUCCCCCUUCCAAUCCAUCCUCAACUACGAACUCCGCCACUCCAUCCCCCCAGGUUGGAUCAACCAUUCCAUCUCGCGCUCCGCCCCCCACGGCUUCUGGCACCGCCUAGAAACCGGGUCCAUCCCCAUGGACGCCUCCUUCUUCGCCGGUUUCACGCGAGACUUACACAACCAAUCCCUCUGGGAAUCCUUCUACCGCUCGCAACAAGCCGCCAACCCCUCUCACUUCCCUCCCCCCGGCUCACCUGUGCCUCCGAUCCCCCAGAUCGACGGCGAGUGGCUGUUUCACGACAUGAUGGAGCACGCCCGCUCCCCAGACCCUUGGAUGUUCCCCACCCUGAAGAAGCUGAAAGAGGAUGGACGCUUCGUCGUCGCGGCGCUGAGUAACACUGUCAUUUGGCCGGAGGGCCAUAAGUGGGCGGAGAAAGACUUCUUUAGCGAUCCGCUCAGGCAGCUGUUUGACGUGUUUGUUUCGUCCGCGCAUGUCGGGCUCAGGAAGCCGGAUCCGAGGAUUUACCAGCUGGCGCUGGAGAAGGUGGAUGAGUUUGCGCGGGCGAAUGCGGACUCGGAAAGGGGCAAGAGGGGCGGUUGGGGAGAGGGGGUGAGGGCGGAGGAUGUGGUGUUUUUGGAUGAUAUUGGGGAGAAUCUGAAGGCGGCGAAGAAGACUGGGUUUAGGACCAUCAAGGUUGGCCUGGGAAAGGCGUUUGAGGCGGUUGAUGAGCUGGAAGGCGUGACGGGGUUGAAGCUGGCGGGGGAUCACCCGCGGAUUGCGGUGAAGCCGGAUUAUAGUGCUGGGAAGGAGGCGAAGGCUAAGUUGUGA